CAGUGUGCUGCUGAAUCUGUGUACGAGUUCAAUUUUAUGGAAGUCAUGGUUCAAUAUCUGCAGCUUCCCGCAGCUUUUCUAAUGCUGUGCUUCUCACUUAUCCAGUGCUCUAAAGACUUCAAGUCCAGUCCAGAUGGCCAGGGUGAAAUCUCACCGCAGGACGUAAAGUUCCAUUCUGUGGACUACAGAAAUGUUUUACACUGGAAACCCAAUGCCCUGUUUUCCAGUGAGCAGAAAUAUUUUGUCCAGUACAAAAUCUAUGGGGAUAAACACUGGAUCAAUGUGACACACUGCCAGGGUAUCAGGCAGUACUUGUGUGAUCUGAGUGAGGAGACCGCAGAUGCCCGGGAGUAUUACUAUGCUAGGGUCCAGGCAGCCCUUCCAGGAGUCCGUUCCUCCUGGGUGCUCAGUAGCAGGUUCAACCCACACUGGCAGACUUCAUUAAGCCUACCUAAACUGAAGCUUGAGGCGACAGAGCAAGGCAUUGUUGUCCAGCUCAGAGCUCCAAGCUCACCAAACAUGAGGAAGAAGGACAGCUGUGUUUCCAUAAGGAAGUGGCAGAGGCUGAUUUACAGAAUAUAUGUCACCUGCGAUGACAUAGUACAGGAAGAACACAGCAUGGAGGGCUGCGUAACUGAGCUCUUGAUUGCAGACUUGAGACCACGGACACCCUGCUGCUUCCAGGCAGAGGUCCAAACACAGAGACUGGGUCGCACCUCUGCAAAAGGGAAGAAGUCAUGUAUCACCACGGUCUAAAGCCACAUUCUCUGAUACUGGGACAGAUGGUGCUCGAUAUCAAAGGUGCAUUGAAAAUCAGAGACAUAUAAUUAUCUGAAAGCCAAGCUUGCUGAUUAUGAGUCAUGAUGUGUUUACAUUACCUCUUCAUCACCUUUGAUGCUGCCAAAGCAGGGGUGCUCCUUGUGUUUGUACUGUAUGCAGUUGUUUUGUAGGCAGAUGGAUCUUUUUCUUGUAUG